CGUCUGUCUGGCUGGCUGAUCUCUAAUAAAACGCCGCAUUUCAGUUGCCAUUCAGUUUCGCAAAUGUCGCUUACAAGCGCACUUCGCACAUUUUUCGGCAAAACCCACAAUCAAAGCAAAACUUACCCGAACCCAAUACCAAUUUCCGAUCGACUGCUACAACAACAACAACAACAACGGCAAUUACCCGCUUUUGAUCCUGCCAGCCAGAAUAUGGAGCAAGCGAUGCAAUUGAAACGCGCCAAUAAGCCGCCCUGCAAGAACGAUCGCAAGGCCUACCUGCAAAGGGUGAUGCUGACCAGGAUGGGCUCGUUUAACUCGGCACCCAAGAUCAACAAUGUGGACUCACAGGACGAUGGCCUGGAGCUGCCCAAGGGAUUGAGCACUGCCGCACUGCUGGAGCAUGUGCACCAACUGCGGGGCGGAGGCAUCGAGCAGCCCGCACUCCUCACCCGAUGCUUCCUAAAGCCAUCUCCACUUAGCGAGGAUGUCACCGAUGGUCUACGCUGUCUCAAACUCAAUUCAGUCUCACGUGUUUGCAGUGCUCCCGUUCAGAAUGAUGGUGCCCAGCAAAUACGGUUACUGCAGUGGAACAUUCUCUCGCAAACUCUCGGCCAGCACAACGAUGGCUUUGUGCGUUGCCCCGACGAGGCUUUGACUUGGGAGCAUCGCAAGUAUCUGAUCGUGCAGGGGAUACUGCAGAGCCAGCCGGAUGUUGUUUGUCUGCAAGAGGUGGAUCACUUCAAGUUUCUACAAGCUGUGCUGGGCACCCAGAACUAUGACGGCAUCUUUUUCCCCAAGCCAGACUCCCCCUGUCUGUACAUAGAGCAGAACAAUGGUCCCGAUGGCUGUGCCAUAUUCUACAAGCGCGACAAAUUGCAGCUGAUCGGCUAUGAUACACGCAUCCUGGAGGUGUGGCGUGUCCAGAGCAAUCAGGUGGCCAUCGCCGCUCGACUACAGCUGAAGGAUACUGGGAAGGAGUUCUGCGUCUGCACCACGCAUUUGAAGGCUCGUCAUGGCGCUCUGCUGGCCAAGCUGCGUAACGAGCAGGGACGCGAUUUGAUACGUUUUGUCAAGCAGUUUGCCGGUGAGAGUCCUCUGCUGCUCUGUGGUGACUUCAAUGCAGAGCCCAUUGAGCCCAUCUAUGCAACGAAGAGUUGCGAUCUGCUCAAAUUAGGCAGUGCCUAUGCGGACAUGAAGCUCGAAAAAGAGAGGGAAAGGGAGCGAGAGCAAGAACAGAUACCUAAGAGCCUGGAGGAUGUUAAUGAGUUCGUUUCGCAGUCAAUAAAACGCGAGCCGCCCUACACCACUUGGAAAAUACGCGAGGAUGGUGAGGAGUGUCAUACCAUUGACUAUGUUUUCUACACGUCCGACCAGCUGAAGAUCAAGAACUGCCUCGAGUUUCCAGCCGGCGAGCAGAUUGGCAAGAAUCGGACGCCCAGCUUUCAAUAUCCCUCGGAUCAUUUCUCGCUGGUCUGUGACUUUGAGCUAAUCGAUGAAUCCCAAAAAGAUAGCAAAAACAAUUCGCAUGGCACCAUACAGUAAAGCAACAGCAGCACAAAACAAACAAACAAACAAACAAACAUACUACACAAACAGCAAUUACAUAAUCAAUUGUGAUAUUAGUUCUUAGAUAUAUUUUAGCCUCUUGUAUAUGAAUGUUGCACACAGCAGAAACCAUUGCUAAACGAAAUUAAACAAAAAUUUCACCAAUAAGCGAA